AUGGCCCAGCAAAUUGAAACUGCCAAAGACAAUUUGAGGAAACCGGCAGCCUCAAAAUCAUCUCUCGCCCCACCUUCAAACCAAUUUAAUCCAAGAUUGGGUCAAUCACUAAGGGAUGGGAUACCUACUCAGGCAGGGUGUAGUACACUUGGAGCAGGUGGGUAUAGAAACAAGGUCAGGCUGAAGCCAGGUCACAGUGCGUUGGAUUGGCAUGCAUUGGCGUCGGGCAAGGGUAAGAGCCAGGGACUGGUAGUCGGGAUAGACAGGUUACUCAGUGAGGAUAUGGAAAAAUUACAACAACUGAACCAUCCCCACACUCUGAUACAGUUACAGAGAGGUGUUCCACCAUAUUUAAUCAGACCCUUGCUCAACAUAGACAGGGAGCUUUUGCAGAAACACAAGACACUUGAUGAUUGUUGGUGUGUGAUAAAAGGAAGAGUAUACUGUUUGACAUAUUACUUUGAUUUCCAUCCUGGUGGUGUAGAUAUUUUGUUCAAAACCUGCGCUGGUAAGGAUGGUACGGAAAUGUUUAACAAAUAUCAUAGAUGGGUUAGUUUCGACAAGUUAUUGGAGACGUGUUUGGUUGGCGUUUUCGUAUCCUAA